CUCACAUAAACAGUCCGGUGAGAUAUUUCUGACACUUUUAAAAACAUGUCAAGUUUGACUGGAUAGACUUGCGGAUGCUGAUGCUCAUCAUGGAAGACCGCGGAAACAUCCAUUUGGAAAAGUCCACUAAGGGAAAACUUGAAAAAUUCAACAAAAUGAGGGGUAAAGCAGUUGAGUCUGGUGAAUUCUGGGAUCUUGUGGUCAUUACUGCAGUGGAUGAGGACCAGAGAUCUGCCUAUGAAACUCAGAUUACUGAGAAACUGGAGAGGAAAGAACUACCUCUUGCCAUCAAUUACCAUGUUUUUGCAGAUCCUCCAGGAUUCAAGAUAGGUAAUGGAGGAUCUACAUUGUAUUCACUGCAGUGCCUUAAUGAUAAAUAUGGGAAGACAUUGUCUGGAUUUAAAAUUAUUCUCAUACAUGCAGGAGGAUUCAGUCAGCGUUUGCCCAAUGCCAGUGCUCUGGGUAAAAUUUUCACUGCCCUGCCUCUGGGAAACCCUUUAUAUCAAAUGCUGGAGCUCAAACUUGCCAUGUACGUAGAUUUCCCCUCACACAUGAAACCAGGGAUUCUGGUAACCUGUGCCGAUGACAUUGAGCUCUACAGUAUUCCUGACCACGAGAACAUUGCGUUUGACAAGUCAGGUUUCACCGCCUUAGCACACCCCUCACCUCUAUCCAUCGGAACCACACAUGGUGUUUUUGUUCUAGAACCAGCGAAAGAACCCAGAAUCUGUGACAUGGAAUUUAGAACUUGCUCUCAAUUUCUUCACAAGCCAAGCAUUGAGAAGAUGCGCAAAUCCAAUGCAGUGUGCUUAAGAAAUGGAAAAGAGUUCGUUUACACAGACAGCACCUAUUAUUUUGAUUAUGCAACGGCUAAGACACUGCUGAUUUUGUUAAGCGAAAUCGUACCUCUGACGUGUGAAGUCGAUGCUUACGGGGACUUCCUUCAAGCCUUGGGGCCAUUAGCUACUUUGGAUUACACCAAAAACACAGCCAACCUCACAAAGAAGGAGAAUGGCCAUGUUGAGGUCCGCCAAAAGAUUUUCCAUCAUCUCAAAGGCACAGAACUUAACGUCAUUCUGCUAAACAACUCCAAAUUUUAUCACGUCGGCACCACGGAGGAAUACUUGUUCCACUACACCACUGACCCCUGUCUCAGAGCUGAACUCGGCUUGCUCGCCGCGGCCUUCAGUAUCUGUUCCUCUGAAUCAUCAGAGAAAACCAGAGCUUGCGUCAUGCACAGCCUUCUACACCCAAGUGUGACCGUAUCCCCGGGAAGUGUUGUGGAAUACUCCCGGCUGGAUGCUGAGGUUAAAGUCGGUGCUAGAUGUAUCAUCAGUGGCUGCUGGAUUAGCUCAGGUCUCUCGGUGCCGAGCAACACAUUCAUGCAUUCCCUCUCUGUCAAUCUGGAUGGGAAAAUGGGCUUUGUGACUGUGGUUUUUGGUGUUAAUGAUGACCUUAAGAAAAACGUGGACGGCCCUGCCGAUAUGAAGGCACUGAGCUUGUUUAAGGUCAGUCUGGAGGACUGUGUGGGACUUUGGGGGUUGUCUCCAGAGAAGGUCAGGUUCUCUGGAGAAAGAUCUGCGUGUAGUUUGUGGAACGCCUGUAUUUUUCCAGUGUGUUCAGUUCUGAAGGACUCAUUCUUGAUGUCGCUGGAGAUGGUGAAGACAGUUGAUGGUGGUUCUACAUUCACGCUACCCCACAAUGCCACGCUCACCUCUCUGCAGGAAACUCUGCAGAACAAGAACUUGGAGGGAAUGCUGCAAUUUAGGAAAGAACUUUUUCAAGAUAUUUUCAAGGAGAAAUGACAGGUCUGUUUGAGAUUGUGUGUAAAUUAAAUUAUCAUCAUCGCGGUGGAGCAUGUUCGUGUUGCUCAUUGUGUUAGCAACGCAAAAGUCAUGGGUUCGAUCUCAGGGAUUAGAAAUACUGAUAAAAUGUAUAUCUUAAAAGCGCUUUGGAAAAAGCGUCUGUCAAAUGCAUACAUGUAAAGUGUAAAUGGAUCAUGGUUUUAAUUGUCAGCCAAAUGAAAGUGUGUUAUCAAAAUUCAUGCCUUAUCUAUGUGACAGUAAUAAAAUAAUAAAUAACAUUUUA